AUGGGUGGUGGGUGUGUGUGGAGGUGUCUGUGGGUGGGUGUGUGUGGGGGUGUGUGUCUGUGGGUGGGUGUCACCACAUCAGACUCACCAUUGGGCGACCUCUCUCAAGCUUAGCUAGAGUGACACCUUCUGGUUAUGCAUUGGUUCUGCAGGCUACAACUAAGCCCAAGAUGUUCAUACUUAACUAAAGAUUCAUUUUAAUAUCCAAUAUCUAUAAGUACGGCAAUACAUCAAGGAAGCAUGUUUGAAUGAAUUGGAUACGUAUCCAGUUGUGUUUCACUUAUGUGAUAAGGACAUAGAAGCCCUUAGCAAUGCAUUGAAGAGAUAGUAGUGAUGAUGUCAAUGCCACGGUACUACUGUACCUCGGCACCAUUCUGUCUCUGUGUCAGGUUCAAGAUGGCCUCACCUGAGCUCUCUUCGGGAGGCUGCAACACUAUAGAACAUUCAGAUAGAAAUAGAUUGUGUAAAACUGAUAGGACAGUCGGUCAUGCAUAAUAGGGAAUUGUGCCUCCGGACCAGUGGAUUUCUAGCCUGGUCCCAGAUCUGUUUGUGCUAUCUUGGUCAUUGUCAAUACUCAGGGCAUCUCACCCACUUCUGUGAGUCAGGCUACUAGGCCUCCGGUGUCAGGUUUGGAACGCCCACAUGAAGGAGGUACGAUGGGACUGAGUGGUUAGGGGUCACGUGUUACAGGCUAGCUCAGGGUUGUGUCCAAGGUCGGAGGGGUGAGGGGUGAGGAAGUGCAUCCAUGGCAACAGGGCUAUCUGCAUCCUCCAUGUGUUUCCUGUUGAGGUGCUGCUAUUCAGGGUGAGUCGGAGAGAAAGAAAUAGAAAAAAGAGUAGCGAGAGAGAGAGGAGAGAAAGAAAAGACUGAUGAGCCCAAAGCUGAGUUGUUUGCAAUAAGCUUCUGUCUGAGAACGUAUCAGUGUGAGUGUGUGUAUGCCAUGUGUAAAUGUGUGUAGUGUGUGUCAGUAUGUCUAUGCUUGUGUGAACGUAUUUGUGAUAUGUGUAUGAGAGAGUGUGUGUGUAGUGAGUGUGUGUGGUCCUUCUCUCGAUUCAUCCCAUCAUGCCCCUAAAGCGUCCUGAUCAGAGGGCCGUGGGGUUUGUGAGGUUGACAGUGUGUGUGUUGGGUUGGCUGCUGUGUGUGUGUUGGGCUCCAACAGUAGUGGAGGCUGCUGGUACUCCCCCUGCUCCCCAGCAAAAAGCCCUCAGCCUGCGGAGAGCCUUCCUGGGGCUGGACAAGUGCAAUGCCUGCGUGGGGACGUCCAUCUGCAAGAAGCUCUUGAAGGACCAGAUAAGGUAGGUACAGCUCUCUCUAUCUGUCUGUCUUACUAAGAAUCAAUAGCUGGGUACAAUAGUGCUGACUUUGCUCUCACCUCUCAACUAUUAAAUACGUGUAAGUCCCUUUACAGUGAGCUCAGAACAGCAGGAGGGAUUGCAUGUAUGAACAUGUCACAGUUAGUCUUAGUGAGUUGACGGUGUUAUGACAUAGAUAGACAUCUGUAAUAGUCUGUGACCUGCUGUCCUAGCUGAAUGGGUGUCCACCAACCACUGUGGUCAUGAUUCUGGGGGAAAACACACACAAACAUAUUUCCUGUGCACUUAGUACUGUAUGUUCCUAACACACUUCAAUGUUACAGUAAUGUGUGGCAAGAGUCCUUGAGUGUAAAGUCUUAAGGAAUAUUAUGACAAAACAUUUUCCACAUACAGUAGUUAACGUUGAUACACCCAAAACACACGGCACACAAUGUCCCAAGUCACCUGUCAAACUUCUGCCAUCUGCCAGAGAAAAUGCUUCCACUUCAAUUGUUUCCAACAGAUGCCGCACAAUGGCCAGGAAAGAUCAACUGAGCCUCAACUGUGAUCCAAGACUAGCAUAGACUAACAAGACGAACAUAGAAAAUAUCAGGGUAAUAAAGUUGUUUUCUGUUUAGGAUUUUUACCUUAUUCUUAUGACAAGCCACCAUAUCGGCAACUGUUCAAGUGUCCAACUCAAGGUUUGGUCUAGUUACAUUCUCCACACCGCUUUUCCUUUAACACACAGUAUUUCAAAGGAUACUUUGGGUGCAUCUCAAUAGUCUUAAGUAGCUUCCUCUCUGCAGCUUGAAUCACCCCCUCAUCUCCUCGCCCCAGGUUUGAUUGGUGGAUGUCCCUGGAUACCACACUCCCAUUGGAUGAGAAGCAGAGUUUCCCGGGUAACCUUACGGAUGAUUCAUUAAGCUGGCGUCCGGUGGUCUUGUCGUUCCUUUCCUCCCCCCGUCUGCACUCGUCCGCCGACCGUUCCAUCUGUCGCUCGGUGGGACGGCAGGGUCCCUGCAGCAUCGAGGCCGUCCUCAGGGCCACGCCCAGAUUCCAGAGCUUGAACCAAUCACAUCUUCUGCUGCCCCAUAUGGUGAAAGUACGUAUAGGUAGAGCAAUAUAAAUAGAGAUAUGUACACUAUAUAUAAAAAAGUAUGUGGACACCCCUUCAAAUUAGUGGAUUUGGUUAUUUCAGCCACAGCCGUUGCUGACAGGUGUAUAAAAUCGAGCACACCGCCAUGCAAUCUCCAUAGACAAACAUUGGCAGUAGAUUGGCCUUACUGAAGAGCUCAGUGACUUUCAACGUGGCACCGUCGUCAUAGGAUGCCACCUUUCCAACAAGUCAGUUUGUCCGAUUUCUGCUAGAGCUACCCAGGUCAACUGUAAGUACUGUUAUUGUGAAGUGGAAACGUCUAGGAGCAACAACGGUUCAGCUGCAAAGUGGUAGGCCACACAAGUUCACAGAACAGGACCGUGCAGAAGAGCGUAGUGCACAAAAAUCAUCUGUCCUCGGUUGCAACACUCACUACCGAGUUCCAAACUGCCUCUGGAAGCAACGUCAACACAAGAACUGUUCGUCGGGAGCUUCAUGAAAUGGGUUUCCAUGGCCGAGCAGCCGCACACAAGCCUAAGAUCACCAUGCUGGAGUGGUGUAAAGCUCGCCGCCAUUGGACUCUGGAGCAGUGGAACCGCGUUCUCUGGAGUGAUGAAUCACGCUUCACCAUCUGGCAGUCUGACGGACAAAUUUGUUUGGCUUAUGCCCGGAGAACGCUACCUGCCCCAAUGUAUAGUGCCAACUGCAAAGUUUGGUGGAGGAGGAAUAAUGGUCUGGGGCAAGGCCCCUUAGAUCCAGUGAAGGGAAAUCUUAACGCUACAGCAUACUAUGACAUUCUAGACGAUUCUGUGCUUCCAACUUUGUGGCAACAGUUUGGGGAAGGCCCUUUCCUGUUUCAGCAUGACAAUGCCCCCGUGCACAAAGCAAGGCCCAUACAGAAAUAGUUUGUCGAGAUCGGUGUGGAAGAACUUGACUGGCCUGCACAGUGCCCUGACCUCAACCCCAUCGAACACCUUUGGGAUGAAUUGGAAUGCCGACUGCGAGCCAGACCUAAUCGCCCAACAUCAGUGCCCGACCUCACUAAUGCUUGUGUCUGAAUGGAAGCAAGUCCCCGCAGCAAUGUUCCAACAUCUAGUGGAAAGCCUUCCCAGAAGAGUGGAGGCUGUUAUAGCAGCAUAGGGGGGACCAACUCCAUUUUAAUGCCCAUGAUUUUGGAAUGAGAUGUUCGACGAGCAAGUGUCCACAUACUUUUUGGUCAUGUAGUGUAUACUGUAUAUGACUAAGGGACUGGUAGGGGUGUGAAUAGAUGUAAACAGGUAGAGGUGUGUAUGGGUACAGAUGUGCAAACAGGUGAGUAAACUUCAACAUUCUGUAACGUGGCACCCUCCUGAACCCUUGGCUGCACCCCAUCCAGGGUCUGGCACCUCCCCUGCUGCGCUGUCCCUCCCAGAGGCUGCUGGACCGCGUUGUGCGCCGCUAUGCUGAGGUGGUGGACGUGGGCAGUGUUCAGAUGAAGCACUUCUCAGAGAGAGACAAACUACGGCUGCUCUACACGCUAGCUGUCAAUCAACAGCCUCUCAUACUACAGGUGGGCCAGAGACAUACAUAGACACUCAAAGCCAGUUUCCCUGACACAGAUAAAUCCUAGGACUUAAAAAGCAUGUUCAAAUGUAGAUUUUCCACUGAAAGUGUUUAUUUUUGCAAGGACUAUGAAUAAUCUGUUUCCAGGAAACCAGCCCUUGAGUGUAGGCAUAAGUAUACUGUAGCAUCCUAAGUGCAAAACCAGGAACCUUGUGGACAUCGUUGUGUAAUGGAUUCGGUUUUGGACGGAUUUGGAUGACCGAUGUAAUCAAGGUUGUGGGUUCACCAGUUACUGUAUAUAGCUAUACUUUAACAAUACUGACAAUAGAAAGGUUAAAGCAAUUGGUAUCCUAUAAAUACACUGACCAUGGAGAUUUUGAUACACAAUAAAAGCAGCAGAGACCUCAGAUGACUGUGUCCAGAACAGAAGGAACACCUUUGAUCCAGCUGCUUCCCUCGGUUCCCCCUGUAGCUGUAACCAAAACAAACAACCCAGCCCGCUGAUGUUUGCUCACCAUGUUCCUCUCCUCUUCUCCUCUGCUGCUCUCCUCUGUAUCCGUUUUCCUCCUCUCUUUUCUUCUCCUAUUUUCUUUUAAUCCUCUCCUCAUCUCCCGUCCUCCUAAACCCCUCCCUCCCCUCCCCUCCCCCUCCCCAGAUGUUCCCAGGCACCGAGGGCUGGCCAUUUCCCCGCUACCAGGGCUCGUGUGGCAGGCUGAUGGUGUGGGCAAGCUCCAGGCCUCUGUGGGGCCUUUAUGGUUCCUCCAGGGAGUUCCUCCAGAGGGUGGACAUGGCCUACCAGCUGCUCCACAUCACCCAGGGACUGGGCCACAACAGUCUGGGCUUCCUGCUCUACUACACCAGGCUAGGGGAGGAUAUGUUCGGCCUGCUGGACGACCAGCGAGUGUUCCUCACAGAUGCCAGCAGCAUAGGGGUCAUUGACCUGGAGCAGGGUGAGUGGAACAAAUGCGUACUGGCGCUGUCGUUAUCAGAGGGUAUGGGGACUCAGCAAAUAUGAUGUGGAUGAUGAUGACAAGGGAUUCCACUUUCCCAAAGUAUUCAAAUCUCUUUUACAUGGGGUUGGGGAAAGGGGGCGGGCUCAUCUCAUACAUAACAAUGACAUUUGAAAAUAAAAUAUAUGUUCAUAGCUGGGAGAGUCAGAAAGAGUCAAGAGAUGUGAUCAGAAUAAAUAUUCCUUUGAAUAUUAUUUCGUAAUUAAAACAAUUAAAAGUACCUAUCGUUAUGAGGUUAUUGUGUGGCUUACACAAGCAUGUCUGUCUGAUCCACUGCAUAGUAGUAAUGCAUAUAGAAACACACAGCAGACAGGGAGUUUUCCAGAAACUGUACUAUCAACGUUAAAUCUUUAAUCAUUAUCAGCCAGAUGUAGCUGAUAGUGGUGUUAUUUAUAACCUCACACAGGAAGGAUAUAUUUGACCUGUUCCUCUUUUUAUUUAACACACUUCCUCUUUUUCUGUCCUGCAAAUCAUUAUAUUGGGGUCACAAACAUCUGUGCUCUUAUCGGACAAGUUCAGGUAGAACAUCCCCGUUUCAAAAAGUUUUCUCCCUAUUGAACAUAACCAACCCAGGUUUCUUUUGUGUGCUAGUAAUCGGUGGCAAUGGUGUCUCUUUUAGCUCUUCUACUGAGAUGCUGUGUGCUGUAACACAAUUGUAAUUUCCUACAACAGACGAAAAGCUCCCCAGUAGUGAGAGUAGAUAAAAAAGAAAUAAAAAAGAAAUACAAACAUCUAAAAACAGUCAGAUUGAUUAUUUGAAUUUUCUGAGUCCUAAAUUCAAAGGCAGUAGUUGUCUGAAUGAACUGUGAAGUUCCUUUCUUUAUGAAACAAAGAUAAUAUAUUCCACUGUAUCAGAUAUACAGAAGCUCAGUGGGGACAUUUAAUGAUGUCUGUUAUCUUUGUGUUGGUCAGUAUCCUUGCAGUGGCAUCAUAUGGAAGAUUGGGUUGGAAUAACGUGGGCAAUAGGCCCACACACAGACUAGGGAAGCGAAGCAGGGUUUUGACAAGUUUAUCCCUAUAAUGACUGUCAUAUCAGCAGCAAAAGAGGACUCAAUGGCCAACCUUGUUUGUUGAUAUUACAAACUAGGGAAUGGUUGCAGAGAAAUUAUACAGUAUAUGUAUUUAAAUGUAUACACUGAGUAUACUAAACAUUAGGAACGGAACACCUUCCUAAUAUUGAAUUGCAACCCCCCAAACAAGGCUUUAGUCUACAUCUGUUGUCUACGAAGCAUGUGACAAAUAACAUUUGAUAUCACCUACACUUAUUCAGUCUUUUUAGUUAGGAUCAAAGCAUUUGGAUAAGGUCACACUCACCCUCUCUCUCUUCCAGGGUUUCCCCCAGACCCUCCCUCCCAAACAGGCUCUGGCGGGGACAUCUUCUCCUGCCUGGGUCAGGGUGUGUCCCCCUGCCAUCGCUCCCCUCCCUGCAGCUCUGUCCGCCCCACCCAGAGCUUCACUCUGCUCUGCACAGCCCUCCUGCCCAGACUGCUGCUCACAGAGAGGGGGGCCCAGCCAACCAGGCUACCCAUGGAGGGUGAGGCAGAGGCGGGGAGGUUGGCAAGAGACGUGCCCCUGUUGCUGGGUGUGUGUGCAGACCCUAGCCAGCCUGACUGGAGAAUCAUGGCAGCAGUAGGAUCUCUGAUGGACCUGCUAAAACCCCUGAGGCCCUGCAACCCACGCUUCACCUACAGGUACCCAGAGUGCAGAUACAACCAGGACUACUGA